UCGGUCGCCACAUUCCCCGCCUGAGGAGUAAAGCCAAGGUUCCUUCGUUGUAAUUCAACAGGGGGGAAAAAAAUUCACAUUACUGUACAAAAGAGGUUUUCGUACAAUCGUUAAAUCUGGAGACUUACCUAUAAAGAGGCGAGCUGUACUGCAAAGCCGACAUCCGAGGGAUUGUGCUGGUGGGUUGUGCUGACACCUUCCACAUUAGGGAAGAUAUUCUGAUUCACUUGUAACCAUGGCAACAGAAGAGAAGAAACCUGAGACUGAAGCAACUAAAACACAGUCUACUCCAUCAGCAUCUGCAAGUCAGAGCAAGUCAGCUCCUCUGAAGCCAACAUACACCUUGAAGUUCACGUUAGCAGGACACACAAAAGCUGUCUCAUCUGUGAAGUUCAGCCCCAGUGGAGAGUGGCUGGCAAGCUCCUCUGCUGAUAAACUGAUCAAAAUAUGGGGAGCAUAUGACGGGAAGUUUGAGAAAACAAUAUCUGGACACAAACUUGGCAUCUCUGAUGUUGCCUGGUCCUCUGACUCGAACCUCCUUGUGUCUGCCUCUGAUGAUAAAACUCUUAAAAUAUGGGAUGUCAGCUCGGGUAAAUGUCUGAAAACGUUGAAGGGCCACAGCAACUAUGUAUUCUGCUGUAACUUCAACCCUCAAUCCAAUCUGAUUGUCUCGGGAUCAUUUGAUGAAAGUGUGAGGAUAUGGGAUGUCAAAACUGGGAAGUGUCUGAAGACCCUGCCUGCACACUCUGACCCAGUCUCUGCUGUGCAUUUCAAUAGAGAUGGGUCAUUGAUUGUCUCCAGCAGUUAUGACGGACUCUGUCGAAUCUGGGACACGGCGUCGGGCCAGUGUCUGAAAACGCUUAUUGAUGAUGAUAACCCCCCAGUGUCAUUUGUGAAAUUUUCUCCUAAUGGCAAAUACAUCCUGGCGGCAACGUUGGACAAUACUCUGAAGCUGUGGGACUACAGUAAAGGAAAGUGCCUGAAGACAUACACUGGACACAAAAAUGAGAAAUAUUGUAUAUUUGCCAAUUUCUCAGUCACUGGUGGCAAGUGGAUUGUGUCUGGUUCGGAGGACAAUAUGGUGUACAUCUGGAAUCUACAAACCAAGGAGAUUGUGCAGAAACUACAGGGCCAUACAGAUGUCGUUAUCUCAACAGCCUGUCACCCAACAGAAAACAUAGUUGCGUCAGCAGCGCUAGAAAACGACAAAACCAUCAAACUUUGGAGGAGCGACUGCUAAGCCAGAGAGGAGUUUUUUUUUAUUUUUAUUUUAUUAUUUUUUUCCCCCCCAACAAGGACUUUAUACAGCAGGAACAUAAUUCAUGAUCUGGGGCUGGCAGCAGUGUGACGGAACGAAGAAAUUCAGUAUGGAGGCAAACAAGUUUGAGUUGUUGAGAAAGUGGACAAACUGUCUUGAUUGGAGCAAACUAAUCCCAAACCACAUACUUUUUCAUUGCCUUAUUUAAAAAAAAGCGAAUUACAACUUUUGUGUUUAAUUAAAAACAAAAAAAUGAAGGUAAAUGCAUAACUAAAGAACUAUGUGUAAAAAGUUAGCUUUAGAAGUGUAAUGCUGAUAAGUAACUAGAAUUGGGUUUCCUAUCGUUGCAGUUCAGUAACCAGUACUUUCACAUCGCUUUUUCAUACACGCUAAUGCUGUGCCACUUACCUAGCUCUAACUCUAGUGAACAAGGGUUCUUCCACUAUACCCUUAUGUUUGUAGACAUUUUAAAACAGUUAAAGGUGGCAUUUCUGAUAGAUUUUUGUAUCUUAAUAAAUACCAACACAAUAAAAGGCGGACUCUCGACAGGCCCAGUAAAGUGGCGGGUUGGCAGAAAUCAUUUUCUCUAAAUUGUUUUGAUUUGAGGAAAGGACUCAAUGGGUGUCUUAUGACAUUGAAACAUGGUGGCUGGUGGAAAACAUGAAAAAAAAAAUUACAAAACAAAAACGAUGUACCUGUGUUGCAUGUCGUCUGACAGUUUUUAAUCCCUCAAGACACGGUGCCUCCAGAGAGUCCUUGGCACAGUGCUAAGGCCAAACAAAUCGAUACAUAUGCGGUAACAGGAUUAUUUAGCCUGUCAUUCUGCACCUCCUGCUCCCAGUUUAGCAACCCUUAUUGAUUUUAAAAUCUACUCAUUUUGACAGUACUUGUACCAAUGCAUUUAUACUACGGUAUGCCAAAUGGUACUGGGGUUUAGCACUGUGUACUGCCAGACAUGGCUGUGUGUUGUUUUUAAGGAGCUGCUUUACGGUUUAAGAGGGAGUGUUUUAUUAGGUAGAGACCCUUUUUUUCUAGAGCUACUUUUGGAUUAAGACUUGUAUGUAAGCUGUGUGUGUUCCAUUUUGUUAAGAUGAAUAUCGUUCAUAAAUAAAUAACACAAAAAAAACAAGGUUCACUUUCAUAAUUGACAAAUGUCCGAAACACUCAAAUGAAGUAGACAGAUGAUUCAGCCAGUGCCUUGACUUGCAUUCCUUUGACAUUUAACUGUUCAUCUUGAUACAGCUUUAAUUGACAUGGCUUUUUAGAACUUUAAGUGGUAUGUGCAGCAGAUGUUCUGCUGGUUUUGUAAUUGUAAAUAUUUGGCAACCCUUUAUAUAAAGUUGCAUAUUACCUUCUGAUUGGAUUAAUUAUGCACAAAAUCAGAAUUUGCUUUUUACUGUAGGAUUUUUUCAAUGUUGGGUAGCUGCUUUACAUGUACAAGAGUAUGAAGCCUUUUUUUUCUUCUCAAAUAACCGAUUUUAUGUAAGUUUUUAAUUUUUUUCCCAGACCGCAUGCAUUGGGUCCUUGUGGCAAGUGCAAUUUUUUUUCUGUGGCCAGUGAGAUUUAAGUUGUUUAAUGUGAUGCAACAUAGUGUGCUCUCUGUCCCCAUUACAAGACAGUAAAACACAUGGCCUUUUAACAACCAAGCUCCUCAGUUUCGCUAUGGUUUAUCUGGAUUCUACUGCAUGUACUGGAUGUUCCUACUUCUGUCUUUUUUCUUUUAUUUAUUUUUUCUUCACAAGCCAAUCACAUACUUGUUGUUCAGCUCAAGUCCACCUCUAGUUACAAGAUGUGAUGCUGACCUGCAAACCUUCAUAAAAUGUAGACUGACCUUAUCAAUAACAGGUACUUCUUUUAUUGUAGUAAAGCUUGUUUAAUGCCAAUGAAGAACGUCAGAUCAGAAGUGCUUGCUGGUUAUAUUGUUUUUACACAUGGCAGUGCCAGUUCUACAAUCUAAUUAUGGAUUAGUUGCCAGGAUGAGUAAACGACAGACAAGCUUGCUGUUGUCUCUCUCCCCAGUCCUUCAGAUGACUCUCGUACCUGUGGAAAAUGAAACCACUGGGUUAUUGGUGUACAUUCUGACUUCUUGUUGACUCCCACAUCCUUGAAGGUCCUCUCUUGUACGAGAAUGAUGCGUUGCUCCAUGUGUUGGCCAUUUUCAGUACUGUGUUUCCCAUUAAGUAGGCAUCUGAACACUAUUAUCAUGCGAUGCGGAUUUGUGGACAAAAUCAUACAGAUACUAAGGAUCAAUAAUGCUCUCCUUUUAAAAUAAAAGCAUUAAAAUGGGUCUAAAAUCCGCAGAACCAUUAUCGUUCUGAACAUCCUUUCUCUUAAACGUUCACGGAAAUGUACAGCUGACUCCCUGUGUUGCAGUGCGAUUUGACGCCAUGCAACAAGAGAGCAUCUUUGAUGCGACUUAAAACAGUGACCAAAUAGGAUUUCACCAAAGAAAAUACUUUGGGUGCAUUGUGAAAAAACAGAACAAUGUAAUGUUGCUGUUUUUAAAGUUCUGUAUCGUUGCUUAUAUUUCUUGCGUAUGUGAUGUUUUUAGAUGCAAUAUAAUAGAAUUUUUUUUUUUCCCUGAAAUUUUUGUUUCAUGAUUUUCAUGCUGGUAUUGAACAAUUCAUACUCUGAAGCCUUUGUCGUUCCAAAAUACAGUGAGGGAAAAACUGUCGAAGGAUUUCAAAUAUCAAUCUACCGUGUUAAAAGGACAGCAUGAAAACCAUAUCUGUAUCCGCUUAAAUGCUUCCGAUUUUCUGAAUGCUCAUUUUGACAAUGAACCAAGGUGUAAUAAAGUGUUUUUUACAUGUAG